AUGUCCGAUAUCGAGACUAUCCAUGUGGUUUCCAAAAAAGAUAACAGCCAACAUGCUGUUGUCACUAUUGAGAAUCCCUUAAGGCAACUGCCGCCUUCAUCGGUUCGCGUACGGCCGCUUUUACUCAGUUUGAGCUCCAAUAACCUUUCCUAUGCACGUGGCGGGGAGAAACUUCAUUGGUGGGAUACCUACCCCGUCCCAAGUGCAGCACCAGCUCCAUACAACGACCAAUCGGCGUGGGGGAUCGUCCCGGCAUGGGGGUAUGGCACCGUGCUCGAGAGCACGACUGAUAUCGCGCCCGGAUCGACACUCUGGGGGUUUUGGCCGACGUCAGGACUCCCGACGGAGCUUACGCUAAUCCCGGGCGAGCCGCGCGGGCAUUGGAUUGAGGUUAGCGAGCACCGGCAACGUCUCAUGACCUACUACAACCGCUACGAGGUCGUCAGUGAAGAUGAUCGGGAUAACAUGGCCUGGGCUGCCGCCAUGAUCUGGGGCGCCGGAUAUCUGCUCAGUGAGUAUGUCUUUUCGCCUACAGGAACGCCUGUCCAUCCCUACGGUGGUGCGGCUGGGCUGCCCUGGACUACUGAGGAUGCGGACUUGUCGUCUGCGGUUGUUGUUAAUUUGGCUGCGUCGACCAAGACGGCGCGCUCCUUUACGUAUAACCUUUUGUGUCGGCCCGCUGGGUCCGGGCCGUUGGGUGUCUUGCAGAUUACUUCUUCGCCUGAGGCUCUGGAGCGCGCUGCUGAGCGGCAGAUUGCGAAACGUCAGUUGGUCGCUGGGCCGGUGAAGGCUCUGGCUUAUUCUGAUGUAGAUCAGGCGGUGCCCUGGUUGGUUGGCCUGAAGCCGUCGAAAUUAGUGGUUAUUGAUUAUGGGGCUCGGGAUAAUGUCCUUCUACGACUUCGCGAACUGGUGCAGACCCAUGAGACGCUUCAGAACUGCAAGGUUGUGAUUAUCCAAGUUGGAGGCCAGCAGAAGGUGUACACAGCGGAUGAGCUGCGCGAAGCCUAUGCAUCUAUCCAAGCGCUGGGGAAGAUUCAAUCCAAUGCGUCUACUACCCGGGAUACGGCGAUUGAACUUGACGGCCCCGAUGCGUUUUUCGAUAGAAUGAAUCAGCGGUGGAAGCAAUGGCUUGAUGAUCGCGCGUCCACGGUCUCUGACUUGCGUCUGGUCUGGGGUAAGGGGGUUGCAGGCACCGAGGGGAUAUACGGCGGAUGGGAGCGGCUGACGAAGGGGGAUGUCCGUCCAGAGGAGGCGCUGGUGUAUAUGGUCUAA